AUGGAGAUGCAGAUGGAGCAGCGGCAAGCGAGAGGAGGUGCUGUAGGUUCAGGUGGAGUGGAGAGGAUGAGGAGGGAGGCUCAGCUGGCGGCUCUGAGGUACGAUGAGGAGAGACAGAGGACUCGGUCCCUGCAGAAAGACUCGGCGUCCAGCUUCACUAAGCAUAAAGCAGCUCAGAAUCCAACAAAGUCCAGUCCAGACCACGAGAACGUCUACCCUUCCAGACGCUCCACCCACACAGAUGACUCCGCCCUCUUUGUGGGGGAGGACAGAGCUGCUCUGUCUCCAACAGCCAAUCAGUCGCCUUCCUACCCCUCAGGGGGCGUGGCUUCCUGUCGGACAGCCAGUCAGAGGCCGGAGAGCUUCCUGUUUCGUCUGGGACAGAGAGAGGAGAAGAGGAAAGGUGAGCUGCGGACAGGUGAGGCUGCUCCUCCUGCGGCUCAGGAGGCUCCUGCUGCUCCUCCUCUGGUUGGAGAAGAUGCUGAGCUGGUGGAGCAGCUCCGAAAGAACAUCGAGGCUCGUCUGAAGGUGACGCUGCCGAGCGACCUGGGAGCCGCUCUGACAGACGGCGUGGUGCUCUGCCACCUGGCCAAUCACGUGAGACCGCGGUCCGUCCCCAGCAUCCACGUCCCCUCCCCCGCUGUG